GUAACUUCAACUGAGCAUGUGCGAGACUUCAGAGCAGCAGUGGGCUGUAAAGAUAUACGUAGGAGGAAACAGUGCAUUCCAAGAUGUCUGCCUCAGCUAGGAUUACAGUGGAGAUAGGGGAGAUCUUUCAGAAGCUUUCAAAUGGGCGUCGCUGACCCCUUCUAAAAAGCACCUCCAAUGGGGCCCGCGGCAUACAGGAGGGAAGUAAGCAGCCAAAAGAAGAUUUAGGACAGUGCUACUGCCAAUCUAAGUCAGUGUAGUGAGCACCGGGAGCAGGAGUAAAGAAGGAGGAGGAGAGAGGAGGUGGGAACUCCAGGCAGCUGCAGAAGAUUGUGUCAGUGAAGUUCAGAAGUAGCGAAAAUGCCAGUGUAUCGAAUAUGGAUGAUAAAGCCAAUAUGGAUCGAGUAGAUCCAUCUUCUCCUGUACCAGAGGAAGAGGUGGAAGUUGAGACUCAAAGCUGUGCAUUAAAAGUUGAUGCAGAACAAUCCAUUUCUCCACCACUCAUCUCUAUGAAUAAAGAUACAGAGCAUAAAGGCCAAAGGCGAAGGGGAGCAGCAAAAAGACCAAGUAUAGUCCCGGGAUCUGCUAAUACAGUGUCAUCUCCCACUGCAGUUAUCCCACCUGCUGGUAAAAAGAAUAGUGUGUUUUCUAAUGAAGUAAGAAAAGAAAUGGCAAAACAAGCCAAAGUCGCAAAGGAUGAGAGACGAGCUCAAUUGGACACAAGGCACAAAUACUUGAUAUCAAAGCUUGCCGAUAGCAUAGGAAUCGGGGAAAAUGAUGUGGAGGAAUUUCUUAUUUCUGAUGAUAAGUUCAAGUUGAUGGCAGAUUUCUUUGCCCCAAAUGGAUCAAAAAAGAUAAUCUUUAUCUACCAAGAAGUUGUUCAGUCUAGCAAGCCAAAUAUUCCAAUGUGGGCAGAUGGUGCCAACAUGAAUGCCUCAUAUUCAAGUCUGCAGAAGAAGCUUUUCAUCACAGUGGGAUCUACUGAGGGCCUAUCAGGUACCUGUCUCUUCUUUUUGAGAACAACAGAGAAAGCAAUUACUACAGCCAACAUUUCUCAGGAAGUGAAUUUCAAUAUGUUUGAGUGUACAAAUGGGAGCAUUCUGCAUGGACUGGAGACAUUACUUUCUCAAGUUAUGGUGCCUUCACUUAAGUGCCAAGAGAACUGGGGAGCUGUGGCAGAUGGAAUGCAGAACUUGCAAAUACAAGAGUAUUUAGACUCCCUUGAUAAAUUCAUUGGGACUUUGUCAUCUGCAAGACACAAUCUGGAAGGAAAAAUUGAACUAAAGAGAGUGGAUAGUAGCAAUUUCUUAGAAAACAUGCAUCCUUCUGACUUUAUAAAUGCAGGUGGCAACAGUGAAAUAACUGAGAAAUUGGAGGCAAUAUUAUCCAUAUGGAUAAAACAGAUUGAGCAGGUUCUGGCAGAAAGUGAGCAAAUGAGGAAAGAAGCUGAUGACAUUGGUCCCUCUGCAGAGCUUGAACAUUGGAAGUCACGGAUGUCUUCUUUCAACAGUCUUCUAGAUGAAAUAAAAAGUCCAAAGGUCAAGAAAGUUUUGAGCAUUCUGCAAGCUGCGAAAUCGAGAAUCCUUAAGCAGUGGAAAGAGCUGGAUUGCAAUGUCACAAAUGCUGCCAAUGAAGCGAAGGAUAAUGUGAAAUAUCUGUAUACGCUUGAUAAAUUCUUUGGACCUCUUGGGAAAGCAUCACCUGCAACAAUGGUGGAGCACAUACCAAGCUUGAUGAACAGUAUCAGAAUGAUCUACAGCACAUCACAGUAUUACAAUACAUCUGAGCAUAUGACUUCUCUUUUUCUCAAAGUUACUAAUCAGAUUGUUAGCACAUGCAAAAGUUAUCUCAACCAUGGAGUUAUGAAAAUUUGGGACAUUGACAGGCAAGAACUUCUAAAGAGGAUUCAAGAAUGUGUCUUCCUGAAUGAGCAAUACCAAAGCUCUUUCCACAAAGUCAAAGUAAACCUGAAAGAAACUCCAAAUGAGAGGCAGUUUGAGUUUAGUGAAAAUUACAUAUUUGGGAAAUUGGAUACUUUCUGUAAGCGACUAGAAAAAAUCUCUGACAUGAGUAAUAUUUUAGAAAGCUUGUCUGAUCUUCAGAACAUUAGAAUUGAGGGAGUUGAAAAGAUCAGCAUCCGAUAUCAAACCAUUGUUACCAACACCAAAUCAAAGUCUUAUGAUGUUCUGGACCACCGUAAACAAGAAUUUGAUAAGGACUAUGUGGAGUUUAAAAAUCAAAUUGAAGGCCUUUACCAAUCGCUGCAAACAUUUGUAGAUUCCUGGUUUGAAAAGCCUUUGACUACCGAACAGAUGGUAAAUCUGUUGAUGAAAUUUGAACGCAUUGGUGAGGAUCACAUUGACUUUGGGGAUAAAUAUAUGAUAGUUCUGCAAAGAUACAAUCGAGAUUUGGAUAUGGUCCGAAAACUUUAUCAGAAACAAAAAGAUAACCCACCUACACCCCGAAACGUACCUCCUAUCACAGGGAAAAUUAUGUGGGCGAGACAGCUUUUCCGAAAAAUUGAUCAGCCCAUGAAAUUUCUCAAAACCAAACCAGAACUUCUAAAGGGCUUAGAAAUGAAAAAAAUUAUUCGGCACUACAACAAAAUGGCAUCUGUUCUUAUGGAAUUUGAACUCCUUUAUCACAGAGGAUGGUGCAAAUGUGCUGACAUAACCAAAAAUGGCCUCCAUGCGUCACUGCUGGUCAGGCAUCCUGACACAAAGGAAUUAUAUGUAAAUUUAGACCCAAUGGUGAUGGAGGUAUUAUAUGAAACAAAAUAUCUGCAAAAAAUGGGUUUUGAAGUGCCAGAUGUCAUAGUGAGCAUGGCCACUAGAGGGGAGCAUAUUAAAGCACAGCAAAUUAAGCUUCAGGAUAUGUUAAUAAACUAUCAAACAUUCUGCAAUGGAAUUUCUUAUUUGCUGAAGCCACUAAUGCUACCAUUUAUUGGACAAAUUGAAGAGGUUCUUUCAGCUGGCCUAACACAGCUCACCUGGACCUCACUGAACACUGAAAAGUUUAUUGCAAAGGUUUACAGCUCUUUGAUAGAAGUACAGCAAAUCUAUAAAGAAGCUUCUGACACUCUGGAGUUCCGCAUUGAGAAAAUGCUACAGGAUAUAGUGCAAACCCCAUUGGUAGAUUUACCAGAAGAUGACAUAAUUUCCAUGCCGGACUUUCUGGAACGAACAGAAAAAGUCAUCAGUGUGGCAGCAGAGACAUUGUCUAUACAAAGCAAGCAAGUAGAACUUUGUUUGUAUGAAAUGAUUGAUGCAUUGAAAAAUAAACUAAAACCAACAGACAGAAACAGUCUCCAGAAUUCAUUUGCUUGUGCUCAUCUUGAUACAAAGCAAAAGACUCGCUGCCAGGAAUGUCUUUCUUGCAGUUACUACAAUGUGAUUGGCCAUUUGUGUCAGAAGAACACAGAUUCCCUGGUCAAAUGUACUAAAACUUCCCUAGAUGCAUUAAAACGUAGGCUACACACAGUCAACUCUGUGUACCAGACAACCAAAUUGACAAAGGAUCAUGCCUCCACACCUCUGUUUAAAGCAGAGAUUCAUCUUGCCAUUCCUAACGUUCUCAUAAAACCAAGCCUUGAAGAUAUCCAGAGUGCUGUAAACAAAGCUACAAAUAUUAUACUCUCAGCAGCCAAGGAUAUCCCACUGUGGAAAUUUGCAUACCUUCAUCAUAAGCAGCAGCAGCUUGAACAAAAUGCGGCGAGAGAUCUGGGAGAUGAACUUACCAAAAUGGUUAUGCUGAAACCUCUGGAUAAACAAAUAUCUGAGCACAAAGAUGUUACGAAAGUCAUCAUUCAGCUCAGCACAAUAGUGUUGUCCCUUAAAGCAGAGGCAUCCAAUGUGCUCAAUAGUUUUACCAAAUUUUCUGGAAUAUGGAAUCAGGAUGUGGAAGAAAAAGUUAAAGAAUUUCUUGAUACUAAUCCAGUAAUGUCUGAAUUUCGCAGUCAGCUGAGCUAUUAUUCACUAUUGGAAACUCAAAUCAAUGAGCUCCCUGCUCACUGCAUUGUAGGAUCUGUUGAUUUUACCACUGACAACCUGAAAAUGGCUUUAGUACAGGAGUGUCGCCACUGGAAAAGAGUAUUUGGAUCUGCUUUAAAUAAGAAAGCUGCGAUGGAUAUGGAUGAAAUUUAUUUAUUUAUUGAUAAUCUUAGUAAGAGACUCAGCAGACCAGUCAUUGACCUUGAUGAUGUCCGUGGAGCAAUGGAUGCACUAAAGGAAAUAAGGGAUGCAGAAAUUCGAAUAGACAUGAUGAUUGGUCCUAUUGAAGAAUCAAACAGCCUUCUCUUGAAGUAUGAUUUAGUCUUUCAAGAUGGCAAUGCAGAGAGAGUGGAUGGAUUAGCCUAUGCUUGGAAAAACGUAAACACACAGGCUGUUCAUACCCAGAAUUUGCUCAUUAAAGUACAACCAGAAAUGAAAACAGAUUUAUUGGAUGGUGCGGAAAAAUUUCACAUUGAUGCAACAGCGUUUUAUAAAAACUAUGAUUUGUCGGGACCCGGUGUGGAAGGUAUUCCACCAAGGGAAGCAAGUGACAGAUUACAGGUUUUCCAGGCUAAAUUUGAUGAACUGUGGAGGAAAUUUGUUACAUUUUCUGGGGGAGAAGAGCUGUUUGGACUUCCAGUUACAGAAUAUCCAGAGCUUCAAAGGAUUAGGCGUGAACUUGCGCUGCUACAGAAACUUUAUGGACUUUAUAAUGCAGUAAUUGAAAACAUCACUGGAUACUAUGAAAUUCUCUGGAACGAUCUUGACAUUGAAAAAAUCAACACAGAGCUAAUGGACUUUCAAAACAGAAUCCGAAAGCUACCCAAAGCUCUGAAAGAAUGGCAGGCAUUUAAUGACCUAAAAAAGAAGAUUGAUGAUUUCAGUGAAAGUUGCCCUUUGCUUGAAAUGAUGGCAAACAAAGCAAUGAUGAAUAGACACUGGGAGAGAAUUUCUCAAUUCACAGGACAUAAAUUUGAUGUGGAAUCUGAAAGCUUUUCUCUGAAGAACAUAAUGGAAGCAUCACUGCUCAAAUAUAAAGAAGAUAUUGAAGAUAUAUGCAUCAGCGCUGUCAAGGAAAAAGAUAUUGAAGCAAAACUGAAAAAUGUUAUCAAUGAAUGGAGUGCUCACUCUUUCAAUUUUGGCCAGUUUAAAUCAAGAGGAGAACUUCUUUUGAAAGGAUCAGACACUUCAGAGAAAAUUGCUUUAAUGGAAGACAGCUUGAUGAUACUAAGCUCUAUUAUGAGCAAUAGGUACAAUGCUCCAUUUAAACCAACCAUACAGCAGUGGGUGCAGAAAUUAUCGAACACAACAGAGAUUAUUGAGAAUUGGCUCACUGUACAAAAUCUCUGGAUUUACCUAGAAGCUGUCUUUGUUGGUGGGGACAUUGCAAAGCAACUACCUCAGGAGGCUAAAAGGUUUCAGAAUAUUGACAAAUCUUGGCAGAAGAUAAUGCAGCGAGCACAUGAGACACCCAAAAUAGUACAGUGCUGUGUUGGAGAUGAGACUUUAGCACAAUUACUACCGCAUCUUCUGGAACAACUAGAAAUGUGUCAGAAAUCACUUACUGGGUACUUGGAGAAGAAGCGCUUAGUAUUUCCUCGUUUUUUCUUUGUAUCUGAUCCAGCUCUCCUGGAAAUUCUUGGACAAGCAUCUGAUUCACACACAAUUCAGGCACAUCUUUUAAGUUUGUUUGACAAUGUUAAUAGGGUGGGAUUCCAUGAAAAGAAUUAUGACCAGAUUUUAUAUUUUGAAUCUCAAGAAGGGGAAAAAGUCAACCUGAUUGAACAAGUAAAUGCACAGGGAAAUGUGGAGGCAUGGCUUGGACUUCUGCUUAAUAGCGUUAAAAAGACCCUACACACCAUAAUCAGACAGGCUUCCAUUGCAAUUAGUGAUUCUGGAUUCAAGCUUUAUGACUUCCAGGCAAUGUAUCCUGCGCAAAUUGGCCUUUUGGGAAUUCAGAUGAUCUGGACCAAGGAUGCAGAAGAAGCUCUAAAUAUGGCAAAAACAGACAGAAAGGUUAUGCAAACAACUAACCAGAAAUUCCUGGAUUUGCUAAAUGACCUGAUUGAUAUGACAACUCGUGACUUGACCAAAAUGGAGAGGACCAAGUACGAGACUCUGAUCACCAUUCAUGUUCACCAGAAGGAUAUCUUUGAUGAUAUGGUCCGAAUGAAUAUAAAAUCUGCAUCGGAUUUUGAAUGGCAAAAACAGUCCAGAUUUUACUUUAUUGAAGAUAUAGACAAAUGUAUAAUUCAGAUCACAGAUGUGGAAUUCAGUUAUUGCAAUGAAUACUUGGGUUGUACUGACAGGCUGGUCAUUACCCCACUGACUGACAGAUGUUACAUCACACUGUCUCAGGCUUUGGGAAUGAGUAUGGGAGGAGCACCAGCAGGUCCUGCUGGCACAGGAAAAACAGAGACCACAAAGGACAUGGGCAAAUGUCUUGGGAAGUAUGUUGUAGUAUUCAACUGCUCUGACCAGAUGGACUACAGAGGGCUUGGCCGAAUAUACAAAGGUCUAGCACAAUCUGGUGCAUGGGGCUGCUUCGAUGAGUUUAAUCGUAUUGAGCUGCCUGUUCUGUCAGUGGCUGCUCAACAGAUUUACAUUGUACUGCAGUGCAAGAAGAGCAAGAAGUCACAAUUCAUUUUCACAGAUGGAGAUGCUGUUGAUAUGGACAGAGAAUUUGGUAUAUUUUUAACAAUGAAUCCAGGUUAUGCAGGGCGACAAGAGCUCCCUGAGAAUCUGAAGGUUCAGUUUCGAACAGUGGCCAUGAUGGUUCCAGACCGUGCUAUAAUAAUGAGGGUGAAGCUGGCAAGUGCUGGCUUUCGGGAUAACCAAAUUCUUAGUCGCAAGUUCUACACUCUCUACAAACUGUGUGAGGAACAAUUAUCAAAGCAGGUUCACUAUGACUUUGGGUUGAGGAAUAUUCUAUCAGUACUCAGAACUCUUGGGGCUGUGAAAAGAUCCAAUCCAAAUGAACCAGAGAAAACAGUUGUAAUGCGAGUUCUCCGUGACAUGAACCUUUCUAAAUUGGUAGACGAAGACGAACCUCUGUUUAUGAGUUUGAUUAAUGACCUGUUCCCUGGAAUUACCCUUGAUAAAGCUGGAUACCCAGACUUAGAAGCAGCUAUUCAAAAGCAGACAGAAGAAGCAGGUCUUAUUCAUCACCCACCUUGGAUUCUUAAACUUAUUCAGCUAUAUGAGACACAGCGAGUCAGGCAUGGAAUGAUGACACUGGGACCCAGUGGGGCUGGAAAAACAAAAUGUAUUAACAUCCUCAUGAAAGCCAUGACUGACUGUGGUGCACCUCACAAGGAGAUGAGAAUGAAUCCCAAAGCAAUUACAGCAUCUCAGAUGUUUGGCACUCUUGAUGUAGCUACAAAUGACUGGACAGAUGGUAUAUUUUCAACAUUGUGGAGAAAAACAUUAAAAGCAAAGAAGGGGGAACAUAUAUGGAUAGUCUUAGAUGGCCCUGUAGAUGCUAUCUGGAUUGAGAACCUGAAUUCUGUUCUUGAUGACAACAAAACCCUCACUUUGGCAAAUGGGGACCGUAUUCCAAUGGCACCAAAUUGCAAAAUAGUAUUUGAACCUCAUAAUAUUGAUAAUGCCUCUCCUGCAACAGUAUCUCGAAACGGCAUGGUCUUUAUGAGUUCCUCAGUCCUGGAUUGGAGGCCCAUACUGAAGGCUUGGCUUCAAACUCUACCUGCUUUUCAACAUGAGAUACUAUGGAAUUGCUUUAAUAGCAUCUUUCAGGACUUGCUUAAUUUCAUUUUUACAGCAGAGUCUCCUAAGAUGCAGAUUUUAGAGUGCAUGUAUAUAAAGCAGGCCAUAGACCUUUUACAGGGACUAUUGUAUAACAAAGAUGAGAAACAACCAGGUCAGGAACAUGUAGCUCGGCUGUUUAUUUUUGCAGUAAUGUGGUCAUUAGGAGCCUUGCUAGAACUGGAUGACCGAAUGAAGAUGGAAAAGUUUUUGUGGGACCAUUCAGCACUUCUUGAGCUCCCCACUGUCAGUGGGGAUCAAACCAUUUUUGAAUUUGUGAUUGAUGAUCAUGGGCAGUGGCAGCAUUGGACUAAAAAGGUUCCUGAAUAUGUGUACCCUAAAGACUCGGUCCCAGAAUAUGCCUCAAUUCUAGUUCCCAAUGUUGACAAUGUUAGGACAGAUUUUUUAAUGCACACAAUAAUGAAACAAGGAAAAGCUGUUCUACUCAUUGGAGAGCAGGGUACAGCAAAAACAGUAAUGAUUAAGAGCUAUACAAGUAAAUAUGAUCCUGAAUAUCAUGCCACCAAGUCUUUGAACUUCUCUUCUGCAACCCUUCCAAACAUGUUUCAACGGAGCAUUGAGAGCUACAUUGAUAAAAGAAUGGGAACGACAUAUGGGCCACCAGCAGGAAAGAAAAUGACAGUUUUUAUUGAUGAUAUUAAUAUGCCUAUAAUCAAUGAAUGGGGUGAUCAGAUCACCAAUGAAAUAGUAAGGCAGCUAAUGGAGCAGAAAGGUUUCUACAAUUUGGAAAAACCUGGUGAAUUUACUAAUGUAGUGGAUAUCCAGUUUGUAGCAGCCAUGAUACACCCAGGAGGAGGAAGAAAUGAUAUUCCACAGCGCUUAAAGCGGCAGUUCACUGUGUUUAACUGUACACUGCCAUCAAACUCGUCCAUUGACAAAAUAUUCCGGACUGUGGCAGAAGGAUAUUUUUGUGAGCAGCGAGGCUUUCCUACUGAAGUGUGCAAACUAGCAUCCGCUUUGGUACCAACAACUCGCAAAAUCUGGCAGGCAACUAAAAUAAAGAUGCUACCAACCCCAGCAAAAUUUCAUUACAUCUUUAACUUAAGAGAUCUGAGUCGUAUUUGGCAAGGCAUCCUCACUAUCACAUCAGAAGUGUGCCAGAGUACUGACGUCAUGGUUGCUGUCUUCCAACAUGAGUGUUCGAGAGUGAUUUCAGACAGGUUUAUUGACCAAAAAGAUAAAGACUGGUUUGAGAACACCAUACAUAAGAUUGCAUUAGAGGACCAUGGACAAGAGAUCAUGAGCAAUGCUUUAAAAGAAUCCUAUUUUGUGGACUUCUUGAGGGAUGCACCAGAAGCUACUGGGGAUGAACCGGAGGAUGCAGAUUUAGAGGCACCUAAAGUAUAUGAGCCUAUCCCAUCAUUUGAACAGCUAUCAGAGAGACUUAACCUGUACAUGCAACAGUAUAAUGAAGCUGUGAGGGGAUCAAGAAUGGAUCUGGUGUUUUUCAAGGAUGCAAUGAUACAUCUAGUUAAAAUCUCACGAAUUAUUAGAACCCCACAAGGUAAUGCAUUGCUCGUCGGUGUUGGAGGAUCUGGGAAGCAGAGCUUGACUAGAUUGGCUUCAAAUAUCGCUGGAUAUCAGAGUUUUCAGAUUACCCUGACAAGAACCUAUGGAACAAAUAAUUUAAUGGAUGAUCUGAAAAUUCUGUACCGUACUGCUGGCCAGAAAGGGUGUGGAAUUACCUUUAUAUUUACAGAUAAUGAAAUUAAAGAUGAAUCAUUUCUAGAAUAUAUGAACAAUGUUUUGGCAUCUGGGGAAGUGUCAAAUCUCUUUGCAAAAGAUGAAAUAGAUGAAAUCACACAAGAUUUAAUUCCUGUUAUGAAAAAAGAAUAUCCAAGACGCACUCCCACUGCUGAAAAUCUCUAUGAUUACUUUCUUUCACGUGUUCGGCGAAAUCUGCAUGUGGUACUUUGCUUUUCACCAGUGGGAGAAAAAUUUAGGACUAGAGCGCUCAAGUUCCCUGGAUUGAUCUCUGGAUGUACCAUGGAUUGGUUUCAGCGUUGGCCAAGAGACGCUUUAGUGGCUGUUGCUCACCAUUUCCUCUCCUCCUAUAAAAUUGAAUGCACAGAAGAGGUGAAGCAAAGCGUUGUAAACACAAUGGGCUCAUUUCAAGACAUUGUUGCAGAAAAAUGUGUUGAAUACUUUGAACGUUACAGGCGCCAAACAUAUAUCACUCCAAAGUCAUAUCUUUCUUUUAUUGGUGGCUAUAAAACAAUUUAUGGCGAGAAAAUUGAAUAUGUUGGAAAUUUAUCUAACCGUAUGAAAACAGGUCUUGCAAAACUGAUGGAAGCAGAAGUUUCUGUGAGCCAGCUCUCAAAGGAAUUGGCAGUUAAGGAGAAAGAUUUGGCUGUUGCCUCAAAGAAGGCUGAUGAAGUUUUGCAGGAAGUAACACUUAAGGCCCAGGCUGCAGAAAAAGUAAAAAUGCAGGUGCAAAAGGUGAAGGACAAAGCCCAGGCUAUUGUUGAUGAAAUUGCCAUUGACAAAGCUUCAGCAGAGAAAAAACUUGAAGUUGCCAGACCUGCUUUGGAAGAAGCAGAGGCUGCUCUUGAGACUAUAAAGCCUGCUGACAUAGCAACUGUGCGCAAACUGGGAAGACCUCCUCAUUUAAUUAUGAGAAUUAUGGAUUGUGCAUUACUCUUAUUCCAAAGGAAAAUUGAUCCAGUGACAGCUGAUCCUGAAAGACCAUGUGUAAAACCUUCCUGGGGUGAGGCCCUGAAACUGAUGAAUAACUCAGGAUUUCUUAAUUCUCUGCUAACUUUCCCAAAGGAUUCGAUCACUGAAGAAGUAGUUGAAUUGCUGCAGCCAUACUUAGACAUGGAUGAUUACAACUUGGAGUCAGCAAAAAAAGUCUGUGGAAAUGUUGCAGGCUUAUGCUCCUGGACACAAGCAAUGGCAUAUUUCUUUGGAAUUAACAAAGAGGUUCUGCCUCUAAAGGCUAACUUGGCAUUGCAAGGAGCCAAACUUGCUGUUGCUCAACAAGAACUGAACAAUGCUCAGAGCCAACUUGAUGCCAAACAAAAGGAGUUAGAUGAUGUGCAAGCCAUGUAUGAUGCAGCAAUGAGGGAGAAGCAAGCACUGCUGGAUGAUGCAGAAGCAUGCAGGCGGAAGAUGAUUAAUGCAACAGCACUCAUUGAAGGGCUGGGUGGAGAAAAAGUACGUUGGACAGAGAGCAGCAAAAAUUUCCAGAAUCAAAUCACUCGCUUGGUGGGAGAUGUUCUUUUAGCAACAGGAUUCCUGUCUUAUAGUGGCCCAUUUAACCAAGAAUAUAGAAAUGUGUUGUUUCAAUUGUGGAAGAAGGAGAUGAACAGCCAAAAAAUACCAUACAGUGAGGAUCUGAACCUUAUCGCUAUGCUUGUUGACAAUGCUACUAUUGGUGAAUGGAACCUUCAAGGACUUCCAAAUGAUGACCUAUCUAUCCAGAAUGGAAUAAUAGUCACCAAGGCAUCCCGAUUUCCUCUGUUGAUCGACCCACAAGGACAAGGAAAAAUAUGGAUCAAAAACAAAGAAAAAAACAAUGAACUACAGGUAACUUCCCUGAACCACAAGUAUUUUAGAUCUCACCUAGAAGACUGUCUUUCAUUGGGGAGACCACUCCUAAUAGAAGAUGUCGGAGAGGAACUUGAUCCAGCAUUAGACAAUGUUCUGGAGAAGAAUUUUAUUAAAUCUGGAUCCACUUUCAAGGUUAAAGUUGGAGAUAAAGAGGUUGAUGUAAUGAAGGCCUUUGCUCUUUAUAUUACAACAAAAUUGGCAAAUCCAGCUUACACGCCAGAAAUCAGUGCAAAGACAGCUGUCAUUGACUUUACUGUUACCAUGAAAGGGUUGGAAGACCAACUUCUUGGACGGGUCAUUCUCACAGAAAAGCAGGAGCUGGAGGCUGAAAGAGUUAAGCUAAUGGAAGAAGUGACAACCAAUAAGCGGAAAAUGCAGGAACUAGAGGACAAUCUCCUUUUCCGUCUGACUAGCACACAGGGCUCUUUAGUGGAUGACGAAUCUCUGAUUGAAGUGCUCAGAAUAACAAAAUCCACAGCUGAGGAGGUCAGUGAAAAGCUAACAAUUGCAGCAGAGACUGAAGUGAAGAUUAAUACAGCUCGGGAAGAGUACCGGCCUGUUGCCACACGUGGCAGCAUUCUUUAUUUUCUCAUUGUGGAAAUGAGCCUGGUGAAUGUAAUGUACCAGAUAUCUCUACGACAAUUCUUAGGAAUUUUUGACAUAUCAAUGGAAAGAUCUGUGAAGUCCCAGAUAACAUCCAAGAGAAUUGGAAACAUCAUAGAAUAUCUUACCUUUGAAGUGUUUAAGUACACAGCACGUGGCCUUUACGAGGAUCAUAAGUUUCUCUUUACAUUGUUAAUGGCACUAAAAAUAGACCUGCAAGCUAAGAAGAUUUCUCACAAUGAAUUUCAAACGCUUAUCAAAGGAGGUGCAACCCUAGAUCUCAAUUCUGUUGAGCCAAAACCAAAAAAAUGGAUACUUGAUAUGACUUGGCUUAAUCUAGUGCAGUUGUCAAACUUGACUCCCUUUAACAAUCUUCUUGGUCAAGUUGCAAGAAAUGAAAAAAACUGGAAAGUAUGGUUUGAUGUAGAGGCCCCAGAAGAGGCUCCUUUACCUGAUGGUUACGAUAAUGUUUUGGAUACAUUCAGAAAACUUCUUCUUAUUCGUAGCUGGUGUCCAGAUCGAACCAUUGCACAGGCUCGACAUUAUAUAGCUGAAUCUCUUGGUGUGAAAUAUGCAGAAGGUUUUAUUCUUGACAUGGAGGCAAUGUGGGCUGAAAGUGAUUGCAGAACCCCACUUGUUUGCUUUUUGUCUAUGGGAUCAGAUCCAACCGAAAAUAUUGAACGUCUUGCCAAGUCAAAGAAUGCUCCAUGUCGUGCUAUCUCAAUGGGGCAAGGCCAAGAGGUUCAUGCCAGGCGCUUGCUGAAUCAGUCAAUGCAAGAUGGCGGAUGGCUACUACUUCAGAAUUGUCACCUUGGUCUGGAUUUUAUGGAUGAGCUUUUGGAUACAGUCACUGUGACAGAAACAGUGCAUGAUGGGUUCAGAACUUGGAUCACCACUGAAGUUCAUCCUAAAUUUCCUAUUAAUCUUCUGCAGUCAUCUAUAAAAUUUACAAAUGAACCACCUCAGGGUGUAAAAGCUGGAUUAAAGAGAACAUUUUCUGGCAUUUCACAGGAGCUACUUGACGUGACCAAUUUGCCACAGUGGAAGCCACUGCUCUAUGGAGUUGCAUUUCUCCAUACAACUGUGCAGGAGAGAAGAAAGUUUGGCCCAUUAGGAUGGAACAUCCCCUAUGAAUUUAAUCAAGCAGAUUUUGCUGCCAGCAUUCAAUUUGUCCAAAACCACUUAGAUGAGAUGGACACUAAACGGGGAGUGAACUGGAGUUGCUUGAGAUACAUGCUAGGAGAAGUCCAGUAUGGAGGACGUGUGACAGAUGACAUGGAUAAAACAUUGCUCAAUACAUUUGCUAGAGUGUGGUUUGGAGAGAAUAUGUUUUCAGAUAAAUUUUGCUUUUACAAAGGUUAUGGAAUCCCCAAAGGGAAAACCAUAGAUGAGUACCUACAGUAUAUAGAUCAGCUACCACUUGUGGACACACCUGAGGUAUUUGGAUUGCACGGAAAUGCUGAUAUAACAUACCAAACAAACAUGGCCAAUGAAACAUUAAGUACAAUAGUUAAUAUUCAACCCAAGGACAGCGGAGGAGGUGCAGGGGAGACAAGGGAGACCGUAGUCCAACGUCUUGCAGAUGAAAUGCUUGAGAAACUACCAGCAGACUACAUUUCACAUGAGGUUAAAGCUCGCCUCCAAAAGAUGGGUCCGAUUCAACCAAUGAAUAUAUUUUUAAGGCAGGAAAUUGAUCGCAUGCAGCGUGUGAUUGCACGGGUUAGAAGUACACUCAUUGACCUCAAACUUGCAAUCGAUGGAACCAUUAUUAUGUCAGAAGAUUUGCGAGAUGCUCUAGAUAACAUGUAUGAUGCCAGAAUCCCAAAACUCUGGUAUAAGAUUUCCUGGGAAUCCGCCACCUUGGGGUUUUGGUUUACUGAGCUUUUGGAAAGGAAUCAGCAGUUUCGAAGCUGGUUGUUUGAUGGCCGACCUAACCAGUUCUGGAUGACAGGAUUCUUUAAUCCACAGGGAUUUUUAACUGCCAUGAGACAAGAAACAACUCGUAUGAAUCUGUCAAAAGGUUGGGCUCUUGAUAGUGUCGUUUUGCACAAUGAUGUCACCAGAAUGAUGAAAGAAGAUGUUAAUGCACCACCACCAGUGGAUAUAGGAGGUGUUUACAUUUAUGGUCUUUUCCUUGAUGGUGCUGGCUGGGACCGUAGAAACAUGAAGCUUGUGGAGUCUUUUCCAAAGGUGCUGUUUACAAACUUACCAGUCGUUCAUGUGUAUGCUGUGAGCACCAUAAACCCCACAGACCUUAAAAAGCAGCAAGGUUACCUACAUUCCUGUCCUGUUUAUAAAAAGCCCAGAAGGACUGAUCUAACCUAUAUUUUCUCGUUGUACUUACGUUCCAUAGAAGUACCUGACCAUUGGAUAUUGAGGGGUGUUGCUUUGCUUUGUGACUCCAAAUAAAAACUACAGGCAGGAGGGCGCCUGCCACUUCA